AUGGCGCCGAGUGGGGGACAUCGUUCUUCGACGACAGGAAUAAAUGGGAAUUCGAACUCGAAUGCAAAUGUGAAUGUAAAUGGGAAUCCGGUAUCAGAUUAUCAACUUGCAGCAUCUAAUUCUACCUUAAAUGCUUUUGUUGGUGGUCGACAACCAUCAUGGCUCACCAACGCAAAACCUGUGAAGCCUACUCCUCGUCCUCCACAACCACCGCCCAGACAACCUAUCACUACUACUCAAGAGUCCACGCGCCCCGUUCUACCCAGUGUCGAUACGCCGACCCAGCCAGAAGUUGUCCCCGUAUCGAAGACGCCGACAACUUUUAGUUCUACUUCUAAUGCUGCGAGAACUACCACCAAUUCAGCCCCACUGCAAAGGCCUCGCCCAGCUUCCUCGUCUCGACAUCCACCUACCCAAUCCCAAUCCCAAACUCAAACUCAAACACAAACAACAAUUGCAGUCCCUUCUUCUACUACGACCUCGACCUCAGCCGCAAAUACCGUGCUUCCGUCUCCCGCGCCUAGUGACGAACCAAGCCCUGACGUUUCCGAAUUACGAGGCGUAUCUAUACCCCCCACUACUAAGGCACAUUUCGUACUUGAUACUACUGCAGCAGAUAAUAUUGGUGGAGAGCAAUCGGCUGUUCGAAUCUCUAAUAUUCGUGCACGGACGAGUUCACGACAAGGCAAGGAUAUUUCUCCAGCACCAAGGACGUCUACACCUACAAACACAGCACUUCAUACACCCCCAACACCGAAUAUAUCUACGCUCCCUACUGCGCCCACGGUACCUUCCAUACCUUUGGCCAACGCCCAGAUGGCGCCUAAAACGGUGCCACCUCGAGAGCAACCAGAGCCACCGCCUGCUAAGAGACGAUGCAUUCAACAACCUAUGCUCCAGUUUCUCGAUUCUAUCAACGCAUUCCGAAAUCUACAAACUCGAAUAGUUAGUGUCGGCGGAGAAUCGGGCCUUGAUAUUCAGAUUGAGCGACCUCGAUAUCAACUUCUAACCGAGGCCUGCAAAGAUGGAGACUUGUUCUUCGUCGUGACGCACCAACUCUUCUGUGCCUGGGCUAUAGACAAAGCUAGCGUUCAUCGAUUAUGCCAUCGAGGCCUCCACCUUCCAGCAUCUAUAGACAGUGCGUUUAAUAUCAUGGGUACGCUCCUCAAGAGCAACUCGAAGCUCCGGUUGGAACAUGUUCAAUGGUUUGCGAAUUUCCCAAACUCUCUCUCCGACAUGCAGAGCGUUCUGAUUUACCAGACCACCAUCAUGCGAGUGCUCGAUUUUCUCGUGCGCUUGGCCGAGAAGUGGGCGGCGGUACAUCGCGACCAUCAAGUACAGGGCUAUCCUCUUCUCGUGAGCGAACUGGUAUACGACUUCCUCCUGCCCUCUCCGAUCCUCCAGGCUAUCAUGUUUAGAGCAACACGAAGAAGUCUAGGAAUCGCAGAUGGACGGGUUGCGGUACAAAUGGAGGCUGUUUUCAAGAAGGACCAAUCAAACCAUCUUGGUAUUGAUGGUACCCUUAAAGAGCGUCCGGCUCACUCAGUGUAUACCGAGUACAACAGAUCGCUUGCUGCUAAAUACUUGUCCUUUGUGCAUGCAAAUCAGGUUCAAAACCAGCCAGCGCAACGGGUUCAUCAAGUUCAACAGUCGAACCAGCCUGGACCGCUGAACUACUACCAACAGCAACAGCAACAGCAACAGCAACAGCAGCAGCAACGGCAACAGCAAAUACAAAUGCUACAAGCACAACAUCAAGCACAACUACAUCAAGUACAACAGCACCAAGCACAACAGCUCCAAACACAACAACAGCAACAGCCAGGUUUGCCGUACAGUCCAGGGACGGGCAGCCAUAGCCCUUUCUUUCAGUCACCUGUUCCGGCUUAUCUCACCUUGUCUUCGAACCAAAACAUGUCCAAUAAUACCAGCCCUCAGACUCAAUUUAGCCACCCAGCUUUUCAAGGAGAAAUUCCGUCUCCACUUCACUCCCCGCACCCAAUGUACCAGCAGGCGCAAACGCAAUAUUAUCAACAAGCUCCCCCUACGGUUUCGACAGGUACACUGGCUAUGCCUAACCCGAUGGUCCCCCAUGGCAAUCCACUCCAUCCAGGACAACUCGUUGAGCAGUGGCAACAGGGUCCUCAGAACUUCAAUGGCCAACGUGUGUUAAUUCAAGGACAAGUCCCAAAUCCCACCGGUCAAAUAGCAGGAGAUGGCACUUUUGUUGCUCAUCGUAACACAACAAAUGCACAGCCAGCUGCAAUGCAUCCGGCGAAUCAGCCUCAAGUUUCUACUCACCCUCAACAGUCUGCCCGCUCUCAACCUCGCCAGAAAAGCGGUUCGGUCCGCCAAGACCGAUUGAUUCCACCUCCUGGCAUGCGAAUCGGUGUGCAAGAUUACCCUCAUAGCCCCUAUGAUAGAGUAUCCGUAGAAGGAUCUCUCCAUCAAGCCCAUCUUCGAAGUCCGAAGCGAAUACCUCUACAUUUUGACGCGAAGAAACCGGAGAGAUAUUAUCAAUCUAUCAAAUCACUUGUCCUUCCACCAACGGUUGUUGAACCCCAGAAAUACGUUCAGGAUUUCCAGUUCACCGUAUCAGAACUUGAUCAUGCUAGGAUCACUCGGGAAGAACGGAGGCCAGGUGAAUCUUUACCUGUCAGCGUAUUCUCCAAUGGAUCUUUACGCUACCGUCUACGAUGUUCUUAUGGGAGUGCUUCAGCUCUCCCCUUCACUGAGAGCGCAUGGGCUACUACUGACACAAUUUGGCCGGAACAUAUUUUCAUGGAAUUAAACUUUCACCAAUUAGGAAUCAUGCGAAAAGCACACCACUCGAAGGACCUACCUGCUGAAAUUUCGCAAUACGUUGUUACAGGUAACAACGUUAUCCGUCUUACUGUUCCCGAAGAUACCCGUAUACCAAGUGGCAAGAAGCUGUUCAUUGCUGUUGAACAGGUAGAAAUCCUUAGCCACAGUGCGGUGCUCAACAUGGUGAAUUCGCGUGGUAAUCUGUCAUCGAAUGAAACAAGAGAUAUUAUCAAAUCUCGUCUCUCAAGCAACUAUGCGGAUGACGACGAGCUUGCAAUGGUCGAUGAUUUAUCUAUUGAUGUUACGGAUCCAUUUUCCCGGAUGAUAUUUACCGUCCCUGUUCGUGGAAAGAUGUGCACCCAUCUCGAGUGUUUCGAUCUCGAAACUUGGCUAAACACUCGGCUUGGUAAGAAGUCACCUUGUCAAUGUGGGUAUCCUUCGGGAUGUGCGAACUGUCCUCGAGAGCCCUCGUUCGUGGACAAGUGGAGAUGUCCCUUGUGUGACGGCGAUGCGAGGCCCUUUAGCCUUCAGAUUGACGAAUUUCUUGUCGAAGUACGUUCUAAGUUGGAGCGUGAGAAUAAGCUUGGUACGAAGUCCAUUCUCGUCGACAAAGACGGAAAUUGGAAGCCGAAAGAGGAGCCGCGCGAUGACGACAGCGAGGAUGAGACCGACGAAGAUGGCGGCGGGCCGGCAGGGAAAAAGCCAUCACGCUCGUCUACUACAACCCUCCAGCGCGAGAAGGCCCCUAUCGAAAUCAUCGAGCUUGAUGACGAUUAG